GCAGGGGGAAGGAGACAACAAUGAAUAUAAGGCACCCAGACUAUCAACAAAAAAUAAAUAUCUUUCCCCAAAGGAAGGACAUAUUAUAUCGGUAAUAAAUUAUAACUGUGUUCCUCUAAUUAAUCAAUGUAGGAGAGUUUUAGAAUAAAAUAAAAAUAAAAUAAUAAAUGUAAAUAAUGAGUAAAUACUGCCAAAAUAUCCCUAAAUAAAUUAAUAUAGUGUUAGUCCUGAAAAACGUUAAGGUUGUCACGUCCUUGCUAAUAUAUCAGUAAAUAAAUCAUACAAGUGUGCAUUCUCAUAAACUGUUAAAGAGUGACAGUUUCCGAGUAAAAUGCAAAACUAACCAAGAAAAACAGUGAGUAAAUAAUAUCAAAGUGUCGAGAAACGUAUUCAUUUAAGAGUCGGUCCUGAAAAUCGUGGGGGAGGGUGGCCACUAACUAACAUUCUCAAUAAAUAUCAAUACCAAGUUAUCUUUCCUGUAAUUCAUUCACUUUGAGAGGAGUAUUUAUAUUGAUUAAUGCAUUCAUCAUACACUGGCGGGUUAAAAUAACCAAAUAAAUAAAGAAGAAAAAAGAUAUUAUGACUGCAUAUUUGAAACAACAACUUCUAAAACCAAUAACACCACAUAAACUAAUUAAUAAAUACAAUAAAUUAAUUACAUAAACAAAAAUAGACCAAAAAACACAAGAUAAACCAAAAAUAAACAAAUAAAUAAAUAAAUACAGGCGUAAAAAUAUUAUCCGGCCAUCUUGAAUGUGAGGAAGUAAACAGAGAGAGAGAGAGAGAGAGAGAGAGAGAGAGAGAGAGAGACUAUUAAUACUAUUACUAUUCCAGAUGGGGGAGAGAAUAGUGAAGGAGAGUGACUGUUACUUCUACUACUACUCCUCUUGCUCUAAGGGAGAGAGCUGCAACUUUCGCCAUGAACCUUCAGCCCUUCGUAACGAGACAGUCUGUGUGUACUGGAAGAGUGGGAAAUGUACUCGAGACAAAUGCAUUUUUCCACACAUGGAUAUCACCAAACAGAGAGACCGGAUAGCCUGUUACUUUGAGACACAGCCGGGCGGAUGUCGGAAGCCACACUGUCCCUUCCAGCACUCCUCCGUCAAGACAGCGGAUGACCUACCCACUGAUGGAGCAAUCCUGCCAGUGAAGGCCCCCUCAACCCCCCCUCCUGCCAGUGCCAAGGGGGCCGUGGCACCACAGAAGACCCCCGUAAUUGUGGCACUUCAUGAUGGGAGAGAGCUGCAACUUUCGCCAUGAACCUUCAGCCCUUCGUAAAACGAGACAGUCUGUGUGUACUGGAAGAGUGGAAAUGUACUCGAGACAAAUGCAUUUUUCGACACAUGGAUAUCACCAAACAGAGAGACCGGAUAGCCUGUUACUUUGAGACACAGCCGGGCGGAUGUCGGAAGCCACACUGUCCCUUCCAGCACUCCUCCGUCAAGACAGCGGAUGACCUACCCACUGAUGGAGCAAUCCUGCCAGUGAAGGCCCCCUCAACCCCCCCUCCUGCCAGUGCCAAGGGGGCCGUGGCACCACAGAAGACCCCCGUAAUUGUGGCACUUCAUGAUGGGGAAAGUGACGUAGAAGGGACUACCAGUUCACCACUGAAAACCACCACUACUACUACUACUACCACUACUACUACUACUACUGCCACUACUUCUGUGUCUAAGGAUGAGAUUAAGAGAUUAAAAGAGAUACAGGAAGAGGAGGCUAACUUACUGGGCUACACUUUGAAGGAGGAGGAGGAGGAGGAGGAGGAGGAAGAGGAAGAGAUUGUGUAUCAGCAAAUUAUUAUGGAGGACCCAGUACAAGACCCACCCAGCCUGUCAGCCAAUCAGGAUCUUCGCUCACUGCUCUCCAGGAAGCCAACCAAUCACAAACCUCCCAGGCAACUCCAGCCAGCCAAUCAGAACUCAACAUUUAUCCUGGAGCACAAUAUUAAUACUAAAAUGCCCCUAAAUGCCUCAAAAAAUGGUAAAAUGGGUGUUUUUAACAAAGAAAUGCCCGUAAAUGCCUCAAAAAAUGAUAAAAUGGGUGUUUUUAACCAAGAAAUGCCCGAAGAAAAUGCUCAAGUUCCAGUUUUCAAGGCAGAAAUGCUGAAAAAUACCCAGAAUUUGCCUAGGAAACGCCAGCAUUCCCCAAGUAUUGAUGAGGUGGCAUUGAAACGGUUAAGAGUGCAUGACGGACUAGGUCAGAGCUUUAUUGCUGGAAGGGCAUUGAUGGAGGUCACAAGAGGAGGAGGAGGAGGAGGAGGAGGAGGAGGAGGAAGGCUUGCAGUGUUAGGAAGACUUGGUAGAUAUGUCUCUCCUCCUUCCUCCUCCUCCUCUUCUUCUGUCAAAGCUAGGUUAGGUUUAUCUUCUGCUGCCUCGUCCUCCUCCUCCUCCUCCUCCUCCUCCUCUUCCUCUCUUAAAAAUAGAUUAUCCAACCCCUCCUCCUCCUCCUCCUCCUCCUCCUCCUCCUCCUCCUCCUCCUCCUCCUCCUUGAAUUUUGAGGUGAAGAGUUUGUCUGAAAUCAAGGCUCUUCAAAAAAUGCCAAGAAUUAAGAGAAAAUUGCCGGCAACUGCUGAAAAAUUGCCGGCAACUGGUGGAAGAUUGCCGGCAACUGGUGGAAAAUUGCCGGCAACUGCUGAAAAAUUGCCGGCAACUGGUGGAAAAUUGCCGGCAACUGGUGGAAAAUUGCCGGCAACUGGUGGAAAAUUGCCGGCAACUGGUAAAAAAUUGCCGGCAACUGCUGAAAAAUUGCCGGCAACUGGUGGAAGAUUGCCGGCAACUAGUGAAAAAUUGCCGGCAACUCGUGGAAGAUUGCCGGCAACUGGUGAAAAAUUGCCGGCAACUGGUGGAAAAUUGCCGGCAACUGGUGGAAGAUUGCCGGCAACUAGUGAAAAAUUGCCGGCAACUGGUGGAAAAUUGCCGGCAACUAGUGAAAAAUUGACGGCACCUGCUAAAAAAUUGCCGGCAACUGCUAAAAAAUUGCCGGCAACUGCUAAAAAAUUGCCGGCAACUGCUAAAAAAUUGCCGGCAACUGGUGAAAAAUUGCCGGCAACUGCUGAAAAAUUGCCAGCUAUGGAAUUGAAUUUGGAGGAAGAAAUUUUAUUGGAAGGAGAAACAUUGGACAUUGAUGACAUUGAUGAAGAUGCCUUGCUCUAUUAGAGAGAGAGAGAGAGAGAGAGAGAGAGAGAGAGGAGGGGGGAGUGGGUAGGU